AUGGACAAUAGUGGCAACCACACGGCGACCAAAAUCCUAGCGACUCCUCCGUCCAGAGAAAGCCUGUCUGCGAGGAGCAACAUGAUCAGCACGCCCAAGCCACUCGCUUUCUCCAUUGAGCGCAUCAUGGCGCGGACUCCAGAGCCCCGCUCCAUCCCCGUCCCGCAGCUCCUCCAUGGCUCCGUAGCCAAAAGCGAUCCCAAGCAUCCGCUGCACCUCAACUCCUCCAUCCCCUGCAUGAUCCCCUUUGUCCCAGUGGCUUACGACACCCUGCCCAAAGCGGCGGUGGCUGGAGCAGAACCCAGGAAGGCUCACUUAGAUUCCUCUUCCUCGCCCUCCUUUAGCUGCGGCGAUCUCUUGAACUGUGCCCUGAGCUUGAAAGGAGAUUUCCCCCGCGAUGCCCUGCCCUUGCAGCAGUACAAACUGCCCAAAGCUUACCUGGCGGAGCGGAACAAGCUGGUGCUACCGACCGUGGACAAGUACUCGGCGGGGGUGGCCUUCAAGGACUUAUCGCAGGCUCAGUUGCAGCAGUACAUGAAAGAAAGUGCACAGAUCCUCUCGGAAAAAAUCGCCUAUAAGACGUCGGAGUUCAGCCGCGGCUCCCCGAGCAGCAAGCCCAAAGUUUUCACGUGUGAAGUUUGUGGAAAGGUGUUCAAUGCACAUUAUAACUUAACGCGCCAUAUGCCGGUGCACACGGGAGCCAGACCCUUUGUUUGCAAAGUUUGCGGGAAGGGCUUCAGACAGGCGAGCACGCUCUGUCGGCACAAGAUCAUCCACACCCAGGAAAAGCCACACAAGUGCAACCAGUGCGGCAAAGCUUUUAACCGGAGCUCGACUCUGAACACGCACACGCGAAUACACGCCGGCUAUAAACCGUUUGUGUGUGAAUUUUGUGGCAAAGGAUUUCACCAGAAAGGCAAUUACAAAAACCACAAGCUGACUCACAGCGGGGAGAAGCAGUUCAAGUGCAAUAUCUGCAAUAAGGCUUUCCACCAGGUGUACAAUCUGACCUUCCACAUGCACACCCACAACGACAAGAAGCCCUUCACCUGCCCCACCUGCGGUAAAGGCUUCUGCAGGAACUUUGACCUCAAGAAGCACGUCCGUAAGCUGCAUGACAGCGCCCUGGGACUGCCCCAGCCCCCCGCCGAGCUGGGGGGGCCCGACCCGGCGCCCCCGCCCGGGGCGCUGCUGCAGGGCCCGCCGCCGCUCCAGGCGAGUGUCUGCGGCGGCGUGGGCUGCGUGGCGGACGGGCGGGCGGGGAGCGCGGCGUUGGCGCUUCCGCAUGGCAAAGCUCUCCUCGCCCUUGCCAAAACACUGAAACAACCGCUUAAGACUUUAAUUAAGAGGGGUAUCGCCCAAACCUUGUACACCUGGAGCCCUCCUAGGGUUUUAGCCUUUGGCGAGGAGCGAGGCGUGGAUACAAUCAUAGCUAACGCUACGAUUACGCCCAAGAGAAGGAUAUCUCCUCUCAGGCGGCGCUCCCGCCGCCCCUCCUGGGACGUCCCUCCGGGGAUGUCCCCAACCAGCAAGUGUGGUCCUCAAGCUGGGGUCGGCGGCUCUGGUCACCACCGUGCGCCUUUCAAAGCGGCUGACAGGGGAAGCGCAUCCCUCUCUCCUCUCACUCGUGUCCGAUUACCGCGGUAA